UGCCGUCCCACCGCCCAGCCCGCUCCAUGGCGGACCCGGAGGAGCUGCGGCUUUCCCCGCAGCCGCCGCCCUCCUCUCCCUCGUCUUCAGACGCAUCUUCAGCAUCUUCCCCCGGCACCCCGGGGGGUUUGGGCCGUCCGGUUCCGAACAGGAACAGCGGCCGGCCGGUGGACCCGCUGGAGGAGGUGGAGCUGCAGAUCGGAGACGCAGCAUUUUCAUUAACCAAACUUCUUGAAGCUGCAUCUGCAGUAUCAGCUCAAGUGGAAGAGCUUGCCUUCAAAUGUACAGAAAAUGCACGUUUCCUUAAAACAUGGCGGGACCUCUUGAAAGAAGGCUAUGAUUCCUUGAAGCCUGACAACUGAUUUGACUGUAAUAAUCCAUACCACCUCAUUUAUGAUGUUUGCACAUGUGCCGUGUGGAUAGGAUAAUCACCAGCAGUUCUGUAUACAGAAGAUGAAAUUUUUCUUGGUUUUCUUCAUUUUGUGAAAACAGAAUAUGAUGUUAUUUUUGAUGUUGGCCCGUUUAUCUUUAAACACUUUCUGUUCUCUAAACUUUCAAAGACUCUUCUAUGAAAGUUAAUUUAAUCAGUAGAUAAUAUUAAUAAUGCCACAGUGCUACCAGUAGCAAACUAGGUGGACCAUUAUUCUCUUCAGUUUGCAAGAAGAUACCAAAAAUGGCAGAGUUUGAAGUCGAGCUUUAUUAUAUGGACCAAUGUUAGAUUCAGCUCCAUUAGGCUAAGUUCCCUAGAACCAACGAUUGUGUCUUGUUACUUCUAUAUUUCCAGCAGCUAGAAGUCUGUUACACAACAAUCACUGAAUGUUUGAUGAAUAAGAGUUGACAACGUAAUUUAAAGCUGUUUUUUCUUCCUGUUUUUAGCAUGAAGAUUAUAAUUGUUUCUCGAAAAAAUAUUUGAGUCAGAACCUCAUUGACUUGAAGGAAAAUGUUUUUUUUUUUUAAAGAGGAUUUUGAACUUUAACUGGUGACAGCUUUUUAAAAUAUAUGAUAAAUAUUUUUCACCCUUCUAUCAUGCUUUCCAAAAAAGCUUUUACUGAAACCUGUCUUGAAAGAAUGCCUAUUUUUUUUUUCUAAGAUAAACUGCUUUUAUGGAUAUUUCUCAUAUUUGAUGUUGUUAUA